AGUACUGAAAAAAAAAAACGUCCGGAUUGAUGGGAACGUAGAUACUGUUACGUCACUUCCGCCGCGCGGUCCUUGCCCCAAACUCCCGCCCGGAACUACAACAUUGUUGGACUCAAACUACUGUCUUUUGUGCCUAAUUGUGCGUUCGUUUAACGUCGUUUUUCUUUCCCACCAUGGCCGAGACAAACACACCGGAGCCCCAACGCGAUGACCUGCUUGCAAACGAGGAGGAUCUUGAGAAAGCGUUGUGCGUGUUGGCCGGAAGUGACCCAGAAAACUGCUCUUAUUCCCGGGGCUAUGUGAAGAGGCAGGCUGUGUUUGCAUGCAACACAUGCGCCCCCAAUGCUGCAGAGCCUGCUGGCAUUUGCCUCGCCUGUGCCAACAAGUGCCAUGAUGGGCACGAUAUAUUUGAACUAUAUACCAAAAGAAAUUUUCGCUGUGAUUGUGGGAACAACAAAUUUAGGGAUUUCCAGUGUCAGCUCAUUCCGGCCAAAGAUAAUGAAAACGUGAAAAACCUUUAUAGUCACAACUUCUCUGGCUGCUAUUGCACAUGUGACCGGCCAUAUCCAGACCCAGAUGAUCAGGUCAACGAUGACAUGAUACAGUGUGUCGUCUGCGAGGAUUGGUUUCACACUCGGCAUCUACAUUGCACAAUGGUGGAGCCUGAGGAGCUGCUGGAGAUGGUAUGUGAAGCUUGCAUGAACAAAGCUCCUUUCUUGUGGACGUAUGCCGCUCAGUUUGCAGUUGUGUCUGAGAAGGAUGAAGAGGUUGAUGUAGAAGGAGAAGAAAGACUCCAACACUCAGGUGCAAUUACCAAUGAAGCACCUUCCACCAGUCUUGAGUGCAAGAAACAGGAGGGAGCAGAAACCAGGAGCUUGCCUUGUAAAAGGAGCCAUGAUGAAAUGACAGAUAGCUCAGGAAAGAGCAAAACGACGGCUUGCAAGUUGAAGGAUCUCCAGGCCCGGAACGUGGAGCGACCCAGACGUGGUGCUGUGUUCUGGCCUUGCAGCUGGCGCUCUGAGCUGUGCACCUGCAUUAGCUGCAAGAGGGCUUACGUAGCUGCACAGGUGCACUUUCUAAUGGACGAGUCCGAUUCGGUUCUAGCUUACGAGAACAGGGGCCUGGACGAGCCGUUUGGGCAGCACCCGCUGAUGGCGGUGACGAGUUCAAUGACCAGAGUCCAGCAGCUAGAGUUCAUUUAUGGCUACAAAGAGCUGACAGCAGCAAUCACUGCAUUUUUUCACCAAUGUGCUGCAGAAAAAAAAGUGGUUACUGCAGAAGCAGUACAUCAGCUUUUUGAAGAGCUGCAGGCUAGAAAAAGACGCAGAACCAAUGCAGGAUACCAGUGACCAAAGGAAGGCUGUCCACAGUACUGUCGCCAUCAUGUAGAUGUUGGAAUAAAACUGAAUUUGUCACCCCCCCCAAUAAAUAAAGGGGGCGUUUAUGCUGCAACCAAUGAAGAUAGAAAAAAUAGUGGAAAACAUCACAUUUGUGGUGUAUGUUUCUGUUAAAGAUGCCUUAUGCCUAUCCUUGAAGCUGGAAAAAACGUAGUUGAUUUAAAAGACUAAUAGCUAUUUCAUGCAUGUUCAUUUCUGACCAAUUUUGUUUUAGCAAUGGAUGCUUGAAACAUGAAGCUGCUUACGUGUGUACAUGGAGAGAGAUCUAUGUGCUGGAGCUAUUAGUAAAGAAUAAUGGGAGGUCGUUUCCUCAGAGACUCCUUAUUUGAUGUGGUGACGUCCACGGCUGAUGAGUCAGACUUUUUUAAAAAAUCACGUUUACAAUUAAAUGAACCCAGAGUGGCUUCGAUUUGAUAUUCAAGCGGUAACUUCCGUGCCAUAUUACUAUCAUUAACACACACUGUACAGAAGAUAUUGCCUUAGCUAGCUUACUGAUACUAAAUGUACAGUACUGUGUUCUCUUACCUUCACCAGUGUACCUUUGUUCACAUCCUGCAAAAUUGUGUAUAUUUUGGGUUAAAAGUCAUACAACACUU